UCCUCAUAUUUAUUCCCGUAACCGGUCCAUCAAGACUGCAAAGAAUUUGCGGAGAUUCAGCGAGCUGUUUACAAUCAGCUCCUACUCAACAAGGAACGCUUGACCACAUAGUUGUACUGUCUUUGGCUUGACCUUAUCACUUGUAUUACAGAUCAGUAAAUUUGUGCAAACGCCACCUGAGAACUACGUCUGAGAUCCGGGUUGUGAAGUUGUUCUGUUCCGGCACUAAAAUAAGCUUGGCUACGUGUAAUUUGGGAUGAAAAUGGCUGAUAGGAAAACCAAUAAUGUGGCGAAUUCCAGCGCAAAUUUACUGUUUUCUGCGGCACCGGAGUUCAACUUCAACUUACCUUUCAUACCUGUCAGUCAGGCCAGUGGUCCGGCGGUGUUAUCAGGAGGUAAGAUAACGCUAAACCACAGCAGGGCCCCUAGGAAUUCAAUGACUAACAUGACAGCUAGCUAGCCAGCUAACGUUAACUAGCUACUAGUUAGUUAGCUGUCAACUAGCCCUUGAUCAUGAGUGACUCUCAGUUACAUCACAUUACACAUAAGAGUCAUUGGACGAAGGCGUCUUCUGGAUGGUUUGUUAAGAUCCCCGACGCUCGGUCUGAACAUGCAUCGCUGGCGGUACAGUUUUGGAACCUUAUCUUUCAGAUAAGCGAUAAAUAAUUUUCAAAAAACAAAAGGUUAAAUUGAUACACACCUUGAAAGGGUUAGGGGUAGUGUUCCCGCACGGCCAUAUCUCCAUGUUACAGCGCUUGUUUGCGGAAAACAGACGGAAGACAAGAGGAGACCAGCUGUGCUAAUUAGCUAUCUAGAAUGUCCCGAACACCUGUGUGUAAUCUUAACUCUGGUGUAGCGGAAGUGUAGUUUCGUUGGAUGGAGGCACCCAUAGCUGUAUGGAUCUGUGCAAAACUGCAACCGUAAGUGUAUCUUUUUUAUUUGAAGGAUUCUUUCUCGCUGAUUAUUGACGUUUCGAAACGUUAAAACACAGAGUGGGGAUUGUAGUUCACACGAGGCAGUCGUCUGCGAAGCUGGCUGAGAACUGUUGGUAGAAGGCAGAAUGCCGCCUACAGUUUGAGAGCUAGCUGUCCACAAGCCCAUUACACAUUUUUAACUCGAUAAAUCCUUGCAAUGUAUUAGAUAUCAGGACAUUUAUUUGGGAAUUGUUUGAAUAGCUUGGUAAGUAAGUAGAAUAACACUUGCUACAGCAUAGCUGAGGAACGCUUAGCUCUCAAAGGAGAGAUUGACUUCAUCUUUACUUGUAUUUGUGAAAAGUAUUGACAUGUUGAAUAAUAAUAAUAAUUUAUUACAUUUCUAUAGCGCAUUUUGUAGAAUCUCAAAGCGCUUCAAGUGAAAACAAAACAAACAAGCAAUAUAUAAUGACGGGUCAACCAGUAGUGGCCAAGUCUUUGAAAGCUGCAUCCUCCGAAGAUGGAGAGGGUCAGUUCAUGACUUGAACUGAGGCAUGGAGAGGAAGCCUUUAGUUGGAGAGGCAGCCUUUAGUUACCAUGCCCCCAGCCUCUGGAAUAGCCUACCAGAGAACCUGAGGGGAGCUGAAACUGUGGACAUUUAAAAGAGAUAUUAAAACACACCUUUUUAGCUUUGCUUUUCCUUAGGGUGCUUUUUAGUCGUUCCGUGUUUGUUAUUCUUUAGUUUUUUAUCCUCUUAUGUUUGUUGUGUAGUAAAUAUUUCAUUGUAAUGAGAUAUUUGCAUUGUUUUUAUUAGUUUUUUUCCUGUGAAGCACAUUGAGUUGCAUUCCAUGUCUGAAAUGUGCUGUAGAAAUAAAGCUUGAUUUGAUUUGAGCGGAGAGAGCUGGACAGAGGAUGGUAGAUGAUGUUGAUGGAGUCUGCUGAUGAUCUUGUAGAGGGCAAGUCUGGGAACCAGCCUAAAUCUUAAAUUCACUGUACUUCUCUUCCACUCUGUGUAGCACCACUUGGGUGAUGCCUCAGCAGCUCUGGGCGCCAGAAAGCUCACCACACAAAGUUCAGAAUAGUAGUCAGUCGUCCUGCUGUCACUCAGCACUGCUGUAUUCCUCUAUCUCCCAUUCGUCUCACGCUUUAUGCCACUCCUCAAAUUAUGUUCUCAAAAGAUCAGGUGAAACAAAAAAGAUGGUACUGUGUCCAGACGCAUUUUUCAAACAAUAAAAAGGAAAUGUUAUCAAAAACAAAAGAGCGCAUGAAAAAACAACAAUUAAAAACAACAAAAAAUCUACACAUUUACAGGAGCUCUGUGCUUAGGCUGCUACUAGGGCACCAUGGCAACUAUAGAACUAAUGAAUGCACGGAGCUGUCUGUUUUUAAACUACUAGCACACAGCUCAGACACUCAUGCAUACCCCACAAGACAUGCCACCAGAGGUCUCUUCACAGUUCCCAAGUCCCGAAAAGACUAUGGGAGGCGCACAGUACUACAUGAAACUCUAUACCACAUCAAGUAACUCAUGCAAGUCUCAAAAUCUGAUUUUAAAAAACAUAUAAAGAUACACCUAAUGGAAUACCGGGGACUGUGAAGACCCUUACAAAAAUGUAUCAUGAUAGUACAAAGAAAAACAAAAGUACCAUGGUAUUUACCUGUCAUGGUAGUGACCAAAAAAACAUGCUAUUGUUUUUUAUUGUACUAGCUACCAUGGUACACAAAUGAACCAUGGUAGUACAAAUAAAAAAUACCAUGGUUUUGUACUAGCAGCAUGUAGUGAAACAUGAAAGCAUGGUAGUUGUUUACAAUGUAUUAUGAUGGUCUGUGUCCCACCGUCUUUCGGGUAAAAACGUAGUAAUUUAUGGUACUUACAUAAUGCAACAUUGACUACUCGCUCUGCAAUGGCAAAGCGUAGGCUUAGUACCCUCUUAAACCCCUUUAGCUCAUAGUGAAAAAACACAACACACAUGGUCUUGUGGUUUAGUGUACCCUCUUAAACCUUGGGACCUGGAUAGGGUAUGGUGAGAAGAAUGAAGUGGGUCUGAAACAUUAAAGAUUUAAAAUAGUUUAUCUGGUGCACCUCUCUUCAAUACAGUUUUCAGUUGUGUCUCUCUCUCAUUCAACUGACUUGGCUACUCUUCUACAAUUCUAAAUAGCCAACAAUCAAAAAUAGUAAAAAAUAAAGAAAAACCCUGGAAUGAGUAGGUUUGUCCAAACUUUUGAAAAGUUUGGACACCUACUCACUCCACCUACUCAUUUUUUUUUUUUUUUACAUUGUAGAAUAAUCGUGAAGACAUCAAAACUAAGAAAGAACACAUAUGGAAUCAUGUAGUAACCAAAAAAGUGUUAAACAAAUUCUUCAAAUAGCCACCCUUUGUCUUGACAGCUUUGCACACUCACACUCACACUAUGCCAAGAGUGUGCAAAGCUGUCAUCAAAGGUCUACCAUUUUUUUUUCUGAGGUCUUGGCUGAUUUCUUUUGUUUUUCCCAUGAGGCACUGAGUUUGAAGGUAGGCCUUGAAAUACAUCCACAGGUACACCUCUAAUUGACUCAAAGUAUGUCAAUUAGGCAGAAGCUUCUAAAGCCAUGACAUCAUUUUCUGGAAUUUUCCAAGAUGUUUAAAGGCACAGUCAACUUAGUAUAUGUAAAGUUCUGACCCAAUGGAAUUGUGAUACAGUGAAUUAUAAGUGAAAUAAUCUUUCUGUAAACAAUUGUUGGAGAAAUUACUUGUGUCAUGCACAAAGUAGAUGUCCUAACCGACUUGCCAAAACUAUAGUUUGUUAACAAGAAAUUUGUGGAGUGGUUGAAAAACGAGUUUUAAUGACUCCAACCUAAGUGUAUGUAAACUUCCGACUUCAACUGUAUACACACAAGUAUCGACUUAUGGUGACUCAAUGUUGGUGCUAGCAAAUCGUGCGACCAGUUAUCAAAACUCCGCCUCGAUAUAAGAGAACGUAGUUCAGCGUUCCUCAGCUAGCUACAGCAGUGUCAUGUCAGGUAAACAGAACUGUCGUUUCAACAGAACCCUUGUUUGUCUGUAGCUAGUUAGUCAGUUGAGGUUCGCAAGGGGUGGGUUGACAUUGCGCACAUUUAGAAUGAAUGUACUGUUGACAAGUUCAAAUCUACUGCAGUAACUCAGUUGCUCAAAUUUUCUGUUGUUAUUUUUCCAAGAUGAUACUGCAGAUGUUGGAGAAGAAGAUAGCUUUCUUGGCCAGGCCUCUGGAAAUGCCCCAGCACCAUCCACAUUUAGUUACUUCUCCAGUCCCGUGAACAGCAGUGACCCAUUUGCCUCCAUCGGACAUCAGCCGGCAUGUCCACCACCAGCGUCACUAUCAGUAGCCCCCGCGACAUCGGGACCAACCUCUGUCCCCAGUGUUGCCAGCAUGGCCCCAACACCCCCUGUCCCACUAACCAACCCUGCUGUGCCACAGCCAUUUGGCACUGGUGUUUAUCAGAACCCUAUGGGACGCUACACUCCUCCCCCGAGCACAGUGACCCCACCCCCUCCACAAGCCCCCGACCAGAGUUAUAAUCCAUACCGUCACACACCCCUCAGCAGCAGAGCCAAACCCUAUAUGCCAGCUCCAGAGGUCCAGUCGGUAGUCCAUCCACCGCCGCAGCAAAAUCCGUACACUAUGGGCUCUCCAGCUCCAACAUUCCAAUCGUCACCCUCCACAUUCACAAAGGUAAACAACAACUCCACUCUGAUAGGGUGUUAGCAUUCACUGGUUUCUCUUGCUAUUUAUUGCUGGGUAAUCAGGCUAAUAUAAAUGUCUUUACUUUCUCUUCAGCCCCCUCCCACACAGAUUCAGGGGCCUCCCCCUAUGGCCCAACAUUCCGCCACUGCUGGAGCACUGGUCCCAGCCAAUCAAAUAAUGCAAUACAAUGUGUACGAGGCUGUUCAGCCUCACUGGUUCUUCUGCAAACAAGUGGAGUCCAAGAGCGCCUGGCUUCCCUUCAGUAUCCUGGACUCCAUUCAGCUGGAGGAGAUCUAUAAUUCAGGUGAGAAGAAGGAUGUGAUUUCUACUACAUUAGAGCCAUUCAUAUUAUAGUUAUCCAAGUUGACUUUGCAUCGCUCUCUUGUUUAUGUAGGCCUAGGAAUUUGUUAAAGCUGUUUGGUUAAACAGUGCUAUUUUGAAAUCUGUGGCAUGUUCAUUAGGCAGCAAAAGUUGCAAAAUGUUUUGAAACAUUAUCCGUUGCAUGCCCAAAUAAACACAACCCUAAUUUAUGCACACUCGUAGAGUCUGUUGUCAUUUUUGUUUUGUUUUUCAUAAAAUUGUAUGUUGUCAAGCCUAUGCCAUGUCUCUUUGUGUUGUGAAUCUUUUCCUGUCGCACUGCAUUUUCUUGUACGUAAAGCAAAUAUCUGUGUGAAACAGACAAUAAAGAAUAAAGACUACAUUUUUUUCAUUCUCCUCCAGUGCAACCGGACCCUGAGAGCGUGAUUGUGUGCACAGACGGAGGGCGCUAUGACGUGCAGCUCUAUGACCGCAUACGAACAGCUGUAUUCUGGGAGGAGGAACCUACAGAAGUGCGGCGCUGCACCUGGUUCUACAAGGGAGACUCAGACAGCCGCUUCAUCCCCUACUCAGAGGAGUUCAGCGAAAAGCUAGAGGUUUGUCCCAUCGUUGUAAAAAAACAGGACCUUGUAUUGACCAGGGUCGUGUUCAUUAGGCCACGCAAUGAAAGAAAACAGUCAUAAAUAGGGAUGUACUUCUGAAAACGCCUGUGUUCGUUUUCCAUUGCAAAACGUUUAGCUAUGUUUUACUACAGUGCGCCCUAAUGAACAAUACCCAAGUUUUGUCUCACUGUUACCCAAAUGAAAUACAGUUGACCAUGUGGUGUGUUGGGUUUUAGCCCUGAGAGUUGACUGAGAGGUGAAUGUUAUGUCUGAGCUAUGUUUGUUUGGCUGUCUUCUCUAUGUAGGGAGAAUAUAAGAAAGCUGUGUCAACCAACCAAUGGCACCGUCGGCUGGAGUUCCCAUCAGGGGAAACCAUUGUCAUGCACAAUCCAAAGGUAUGUUGGUAGGACUUAAUUUUACAGUGCAGAAUUACCAAGUAUUUACAAAAACAUUACAUGGUAACAUGGUAAUUACAAAGUAAGAACUUAUUCAUAACUUGUUUUGUUCUUUGGAAUUCAUUAAAACAAGCACCAAUAGGUAGCAGGUAGUUAGCAAUUGUGAACACUGAACAAGACCGUAAGGAAAAAUAACAUUAUGGUUUUGAGUGGACUUUGUUUGCAGACCCAGACAUGACUGUAUUUCUAGUUUGUGAAAAGGCCUUUUUAUCUGUCGUUCAACAGGUGAUAGUACAAUUCCAGCCCUCCGCCAUGCCAGAUGAGUGGGGUACAACCCAGGAUGGACAGACCAGACCCAGGGUGGUCAAGAGGGGCAUCGAUGAUGACCAUGACGAAGUUCCCGAUGGGGAGCUCCCUCAGGUGGAUCACUUGGUGUUCAUGGUGCAUGGCAUCGGUCCAGUCUGUGACCUGAGGUUCAGGAGCAUGGUGGAGUGUGGUAUGUGCUAUUUCUCCAUAUAGCUCAAUAAGCCUCUAUAUUUUUCAGAUCUAUAUUAAUAUCGUAUUAUGGAUGUGCUUGUUUAUGUCAUGAAUGGUAUAUGUCAUGGUAUGUUCUUCCUGUCAUGUUGUUGUUUACUAUGCCCAGCAAUAAUGAAUAACGUUUAUUGAAUGUAAUUGUGUUGAAUAUCCAUUUAGUACUCCAUACUACCCCAGAUAGACUGUUACAAAUGUGUGUUCCUUGUGUUCACAGUGGAUGACUUCCGGAGUGUAUCCCUGAAGCUGCUGCAAAGUCACUUUAAGAAGGCGCAGGAUGAGCGUGUCAUCAGCCGAGUGGAGUUCCUUCCUGUUCAGUGGCACACGGCCCUGCACGGGGAUGCCACAGGGGUGGACAAGUGAGGAGACACUAAUGGAAUUUGAGGAUGUUCAUACACUUGGGAAUAGGGAUUGUGUGAUAGGGAAAUUAUAUUGUAACACAAAACAUCUGUGCUGACCUUAGUGGCAAGCUUGUACAAAUUAAACCACACUGGCUGUGUCAGAGAAUGUUACUAGCUGUCAAAACCUUGCUAAUGCUUCCUCCGUCCUAAUUUCCUCAAUUUCUCUCAAAGUUCAUUGGAGGAAAAGGUCCAAGGGAUGGACCUUAGAUCCUCUCCUCCAAUGCGCCUUGAGAGGAAACGAGGACUGAGGAAGCAAGGAUUUGAUGUCUAGUAAAUUUUUCAGACGCAGACAAUCUCUCUGACUCAAUUUCUGAAUCAAUUUCUUACUGUUGUUUUAGGAGAAUAAAGAAGAUCACCCUGCCCAGCACGGGUCGCCUGCGUCACUUCACUAACGAGACCCUCUUAGACGUGCUGUUCUACAACAGCCCCACCUACUGCCAGACCAUCAUGGACACAGUUGCCCUGGAGAUUAACAGGAUCUAUGCCCUGUUCAUGCAGCGGAACCCAGACUUCACAGGAGGCAUCUCAGUAUCCGGACACAGUUUAGGUACAAACACAAAGGGCCACUUUUCCGGACCCAGAUGAAGUCUAGUCCUGGAUUAAAAACCUUUGUUCAAUUGAGGAUCUCUAUUGAAAGUGCUUUUUAGGCCAGGACUAGGCUUAUGCUGCGUUUAGAUGAGGGACGCAAAAACCGUCAUACCAGUCGGCAUAGCGGGACAAGAAAGAGGGUGAUGUCAAAAGCAAGCUAGCACGACGUUAUGCGUUGCUAUGGGGGUUUCAGUAAAGAAUCAGUGCAAAUCAACAUCCGGUAGAAAACAACGCUACGGCAGACGACAAAAGUUGAAAGAUUUGAACUCUGGCGGCAAGUCCCGUCUACCGUGACGGCUGACGGCAUUUACCAUUGUGCUCUCAUUGAAAACAAUGACAUCCGGUUUGCCAUCUACCGUCUACCUCGUACGAUCUAAACGCAGCAUUCAUCUGAGUCCGGGAAACCAUCCCCAAGUGUUCAUACUUUUAGCUUAGUCAUGUGAGAAAGAUUUGGACAAACAUGUCUCUCUGAGUGUUUGUUUGCAGGUUCUCUCAUACUUUUCGACUUGCUGUCAAACCAGAAGAAUGGCUCACCUUUGCAAACCAUGCCAACUGCUAAUGGGGGCCACCCUGCAGACACCAAACAGGUCCAUAACUAUCCAAACAUUGUUCAUUUCAUUAUUUAGGUGACACCAGAGAGUGUAACAAUAGGAGUAUAACCUGGAGUUUCCCACUUCUCCUUAAAGCAGGUGGCUUCCCCCGCUGCUGCUACUCCACCUGCUGCUGUAGAGGAGGAGCCUAAAGAGGAAGGGAAGGAGUUUGUCGAUCUUUCUUCUGCGCUGGAACAUCUGGGCCUGUCUGAGUACCAGAGCACUUUAGAACAGGAGAAGAUUGACCUUGAAUCUUUCGUAAGAACCCUCCUUGCUUGUCAUGAACCCAUACAGUUAUUGAUAUUUACUUUCAAAACUUAUGACACUAUUAAAGAGACAUUACACUCCAAAAUAAAACGUUUGCCAGAUGUUUUCAGACCUCAAAAGUCAAGGUGAGUCACGCCAUUGGUUGUGUAGAUCCAGCUUUAUGCCUAAAUCAAUCAUGAUUCCUACCCCAAAUGAAUGGAAAAGAUAAUUUACUGUGCUUAUCUUUUCUAUUCAUUUUGGAUUGUAGCUAUAAGGAUAUACCUAUAUGGAUAUAGCUGGAUCUACAAAACCAAUGGGUAUGGGCUUAUCUGAACAGAAGACCACAUUUGAGGUCUGAAAAUAACUGACUUUUGAGUGAAAUGUCCCAGGAACCGAAAGUAAAUGAUUCAAUUAUAUUGCAAUGACUCCCUAGGCCAUAUCCUAGAGUUGGUGGUUACAAUCUAAUUUCCUCUUUCUUCUAUAUUCUGUUAGCUUAUGUGCACAGUUGAGGACCUGAAAGAGAUGGGCAUACCAUUGGGGCCAAGGAAGAAAAUAGCCAAGUUUGUCAAAGAAAGAGCAAUUAAGCAGGUGAUGAUUUAAUCGUCUUUUUCGCUCAGUCACCAGUGUUGUGUUCAAUAGGAAGAAAAUGUUUUGAAACAGGGCGGUACUAACUGAAAUUAGAAUACAGCGUUUUGUUUUCUAUUGCAAAACGUUUCGUUACAGUGUGCCCUACUGAACACGAGCCAGUGAAGGUUAAAACAGUGACAACUAAACAUAAUCCUGUGUUCAUGUGCCAUCUAUCUUCGGACUCCUUUUGCCAGGCAACACGUCAGGUAGCACAAGAGAAGAAGGCAGCAGAAGUGAAAGUGGCCAGUCAAGAGGUUGUCCCUGCCCAAUCAAGCGAGCCCCUCCCAGGGCCAGGCACCACGAAGCUUCCUGUUGGUGGGACUUACUCCUCUGUCCAUGUGGAUUACAACUACUUCGAAGUUGGCACUGGACAGGUAAACCUAAACCUCUGUCAGGAUUCAAUCAGAUAAUAAUAAUAAUCAGAUCAGCGGUAAACUGCGUUAGAGGACAAACGCAUAGCUUUUCAUUGUUUUUGUUUAGGCGGUGUCGAAGGUGUAACUGUGUUAGAGCUGUCAAAUCCUCAAGCGGCUCCUGGUGUUAUGUAUUGCAGACUUUGCCAUUGGAUGCACCAAGAUGCGUUAGUAGAAAUCCCAUGCAGCCGCGUUACAAGUUCGAACACUGGAAUGUGUAAUGUAAUCUACACCUCGAUUAGGCCAAUAAAAUCCCUUUCAUUUAAUGAUUUGAGUGUUAUUAUUUCUAUAUAGCCUACACUUUCUCAUUCUGAACAGAACACGGGUGGGAUAUAAGGACAGGUGUGGUUUCGUAACAAUGACCACAAGAGCAGCUGCUCACUGAUUUGACAGCUCUAACGCAGUUACACCUCCGACACCGCCUAAACAAAAGCUAACGCAGGUUACCGUUGAUCUGAUUGAAUCCUGACCUAAUGAUGUUAGCCUACAGCCUUUCUGUAAUGUCAUGCAUAAGCAUACAUUUUCAUUAGGACACAUUUUUCCAUCAAAGCAUUUUAUUUUUUAUUUAACCCUUAUUUAUCCAGGAAGUUCCAUUGAGGUCAGAAGACCUCUUUCCCAAGGGAGACCUGGCAAUGAAAAAAGAAUGUGGUGUGUGGAUCUAAAGUACACUGAACAAAAAUAUAUAAACGCAACAUGUUAAGUGUUGGUCCCAUGUUUCAUGAGCUAAAAUAAAAGAUCCCAGAAAUGUUCCAUACCCACAAAAAUAUAAUUUCUCUCAUUCUGUGCAUACAUUUGUUUACGUCCCUGUUAGUGAGCAUUUCUCCUUUGCCAAGAUAAUCCAUCCACCUGACAGGUGUGGCAUAUCAAGAAGCUGAUUAAACAGCAUGAUCAUUACACAGGUGCACCUUGCGCUGGGGACAAUAAAAGGCCACACUAAAACGUGCAGUUUUGUCACACAACGCAAUGCCACAGAUGUCUCAAGAUUUGAGUGAGUGUGCAAUUGGCAUGCUGACUGCAGGAAUGUCCACCAGAGCUAUUUCCAGAUAAUUGAAUGUUCAUUUCUCUAUCAUAAGCUGCCUCCAACGUUGUUUUAGAGAAUUUGGCAGUACGUCCAACCAGCCUCACAACCGCAGACCAAGUGUAACCACACCAGCCCAGGACCUCCGCAUCCGGCUUAAUUCCUGGAAGCUGAAAAUGUCCCAGUUCUUCCAUGGCCUGCAUACUCACCAGAUAUGUCACCCAUUGAGCAUGUUUGGGAUGCUCUGGAUCGACGUGUACGACAGCGUGUUCCAGUUCCCGCCAAUAUCCUGCAACUUCGCACAGCCAUUGAAGAGGAGUGGGACAACAUUGCGUAGGCCACAAUCAACAGCCUGAUCAACUCUAUGUGAAGGAGUUGCAUGAGGCAAAUGGUGGUCACACCAGAUACUGACUGGCUUUCUGAUCCAUGCCCCUACUUUUUUUUAAAGGUAUCUGUGACCAAGAGAUGCAUAUCUGUAUUCCCAGUCAUGUGAAAUCCAUAGAUUAGGGCCUAAUGAAUUUAUUUCAAUUGACUGAUUUCCUUAUAUGAACUGUAACUCAGUACAAUCUUUGAAAUUGUUGCAUGUCCGUUUAUAUUUUUGUUCAGUGUAGUUAUCUAAAAGCACUGUCUGGUGUUGGUGUUCUGCCCCAUAGGUGUCGGUGGUGUACCACACUCUGGACUUUGAACCAGUGAAUUUCUUUGCCCUGGGAUCUCCCAUAGGGAUGUUCCUCACAGUGCGAGGGCUGGAGAAGAUCGAGGAAAACUACCAGCUGCCCACCUGCAAGGGAUUCUUCAACAUUUACCAUCCGGUUAGCCAAUCUUUCUCACACAUAUCUUUCCUGGAGUAUGGGUGUGCAUGCAGAUGACAUACUGUCAGCUAUAAAGCACUUUGUGACAACGGUUUAUGUAAAAAGGACUUUAUAAAUACAUUUGAUUGAGCUGUGACAUGGUUAAUGCCAAUGUGUUUCAUUAGAGUAGAUCUGUUUGUUUUAGCUGGACCCAGUUGCUUACAGGAUUGAGCCCAUGAUCUUGCCAGACUUGGACUUGAAACCUGUUCUGAUUCCACAUCACAAAGGGAGGAAGAGGCUGCAUCUAGGUAUGGAACUAUAGAUUCACCACUGGCUAUUUUAUCCUCAGAUUUUUUUUAUAAUUCUUACCUUACCAUUGUCAACCAUUGGUUCCCAAGUGUAAUUUGUUUUAGGAUAAUGUAUGGCGGUGAGGGGUUUACAUUAUGAAUUGUUUGUGUGUGGCAGAGCUGAAGGAGAGUCUGUCCCGCAUGGGUUCGGACCUCAAGCACGGCUUCAUCAGCUCCCUGAGGAGUGCCUGGCAGACCCUCAACGACUUCGCCCGCGCUCACACCUCCAACGCCCAGCUGGCGGCCGAGCUCGCCAUGGUGGCCAAUCAGAUCAAGGAGGAGGAGGAGAAGCAUGCACACAGUGAUGGUGAGUAUAAGGGCACAGUGAUUAAAUAAGUAAUGAAAUAUUGGUAUUUCGGUUUAUUUGUAUAGGGCAAAAGAAAUAAGUUUAUUUAAACAUUUUUAAAACUUUGAUUAGUCACAGAACACAGGAUAGUGGAGAGUCCUGAGCUGCUGAGAGAAGAGGAGGCCCAGAUGAAGAUAGGAAUGCUGAACGGGGGGAACCGCAUCGACUACGUCCUACAGGAGAAGCCCAUCGAGAGCUUCAACGAGUACCUUUUCGCCCUGCAGAGUCAUCUGUGCUACUGGUAUGAAAAUCAGUUCUGGCACUUUUAUAUUAAGGUGGAAAUGGUGACUAAUGUGCACUGUUGAAUACAUUUCAUGUGGGCCAUGGCUGGAUCAGCCACUCAUAUCAUUCUGCCCCUUGGGCGCUCCACACGAGGUUAUACUUGUGUGUGGUUGUUUAUAGCUGCAGUAUGAUUUAAAAUUGAGCCAUAUAAUUUGAAAAUGUUGCCAUAUUAUUCUCAAUAAUGGCUCUUCUGCCGAUUUUGAGUCUACUGCUUAAGAGUUUGGAAUCUGAGGCUAAAACCCACUCCAUGGCUUGGAAUAAAUGUGUCUUCUCUACACAGCUGAUCUAUUUUAAGUUGAUGUAUUCUGUUUGACAAAUCAUUCAGUCUGCAGUCAUUCAUAUUUAUUUGUUCCUUUCUUUUUGCAGGGAGUCGGAAGACACAGCCCUACUACUCCUAAAAGAGAUUUACAUGACCAUGGGGAUAUACCCAGAACAGAUUCUACACUGAUGCAAUAGAUUGGUAGCCAGGUGGAACCAGCCCGAUUGCUACGUUUACCAUUCUCUUUCACUGCACGUAAGUUAAAUAGAAUGGUGAACACAGCGAUCAGGCUGGUUCCACCAGGCUAAUGUUUUGGUUAGAAUGAAAAAUAAACCUUUCUGAAACCUUCAUACUAUUUAUCUCCCCAUCAGGUUUGUCCAUGUCAAUGCUUUUAGAUUUUAUAUAUGCUUCUUUGUUAGUAUUCAUUUUCCUUUAUUUGAUAUUCUCCUAGUCUAUUGUAUGAAGAUGAAUACGCUUGUAGUAUGCCAUUUGUCUUAAAUUAAGAAACUAGAUAAAAUUAGUGGAUUCCAAGACCACUUGUUUGAAAUUCAAUUUUUAUAGCCUAAAUUCUAGAACUGGUGAGGUUCGCAUGGAGUUUGCUUGCUGAACAAUAUGAAAUAACCAAAUGAAACAUUUACAAGAGAAAUCACAUAGAAACUGCAAAUUAAAUAUUUACCUCAGAUUUAUUUUGUUUAAAAAUAGUCAUAAAAUAAACCAUUUUACUUUCACAUUACUUGUGACUUAUUUUCAGUCUUCAGUGCUUUUUAUGUUGUAUUUUUAUUGCUGAUUGUUAGAAACCUUUUUUAAACUUGCACAGGUAGACAUAUCCUCUUUAAGUCUGGGUAGAAAUAUGACAGCUUUUACUUUCUGCUUUAAAAACCAGCGUUCCUCUAUCACCCUAGUGUGCUUAAAUAUACAA